AGGAAACGUUGUCAAACAAAGCGUCUGGCCAAUAGCACGCAAGGAUCGAUGCCAGUGGCUCGCGGGCCGCCCAAUGGGCGGCGACGUUGAGUCGCACGGCCAAUAGGAGCUCCCGUCGCCGCGGCGGGCGUCCGGCCGCCGGUGUUCGAGCUCGGGCGUGAGGCGGUGCUGGUGGUCGCCGCGGCGCUAUGUUUCUUUCUGAGUUGCUGACCAGGCAGAGGACCUGGGAACCCAGCCCCUCGGAACGCAGGCAGUGGGUGGAAGUGUUUAAAACUUGCGAUGAAGACCGCAAGGGCUACCUGAGCCGGGAGGACUUUAAAGUGGCUGUGGUGAUGCUGUUUGGGUACAAGCCCUGCAAGGUAGAAGUGGAUUCUGUGAUGUCUUCAGUAAAUCCAAACACUUCUGGUAUAUUACUUGAAGAGUUUCUAAAGAUUAUAAAGAAAAAAAAGGAGGCCCAACUGUAUCAGAAUGAAAGAAGACACAUCUUCACGGCUUUUGAUGUUCGCUAUCGUGGAUUUUUGACUUUUGAAGAUUUCAAAAGAGCCUUUCAGGAGGUGGCUCCCAGGUUACCCGAGAGGACUGUCCUUGAGGUCUUCAGCCUCCUGAAAUUCCUUUCUGCCAGCAGCAGACUUGUUGCAUAUUAUUUUCUGGGACAAGUCUAACAAGAGAAGAUUUCCAGUCAUCAUUUGCGACAUCAGAGUGAUUCCUCUUUAAGUGGAGUCUUGUGACUGCAGUAAAAUUGCAGUUAUUAUCAUGAGUACCUACUCCAGGGAAUAUUGUUAUUGAUCUGUAGUAUCUGCAGGCUUCUGUGUGUAGUAAAGCAUGGAGAAGACUAGAUAUCAAAUCUGUUUCUUUGUAGCCAUAUGUUGAUAGCAGUCACCAGCUAUAUCUGCAGAGUCAUGGCCCAAGCAGUGGACUUCCUGAAUUUUCCAUUUUGAUUUUCAUUAAUAUGUUUGUUUCAAAGUUCUACUGUCAGGUUUCCCUGUCUGACUAGCCCCUUGUAUGUACUUCCUGGAAUGGGGAGUGGGAGCAUGGACUUCGGAAGAUGACGUCAAAAUUUACGCUCUGAGGGACUCUUAGGACUUUCACAUAUCAUAUAUUGAAUAAAACUGUUUAUCAGAAAUCCUGCUAGAAAACAAUAA